CUUGCUUUCUACAGCUGUUCAGAUUUAACGGUUCUCUGUGAUGUUUAAGUUGCCGGUUCGUUCCUUUUAUAAUAGUACUAAACUUCAUAAAAAAAUCCCUAUCAAUUUGAAAGGAAAAAGUAAAAGCUCUCAGGAGUGGUUAAUUAGGCAACUUAAAGAUCCCUAUGUUGAAAAUGCGAGAAUAAAAAAUUAUAGAAGCAGGAGUGCAUUUAAACUAUUAGAAAUUGAUGCAAAGCAUAAAAUAUUGUGCCCGGGACAGUGUGUGAUUGAUUGUGGAGCUGCUCCUGGGGGAUGGACACAAGUAGCUGUUGAAAAGACAAAUGCUGCAUUAGCAGAUAAACACGCGGAACAAGGAUUUGUUGUUGGAAUUGACCGACUCCAAAUAUUUCCUAUUGAAGGUGCAGUCUUGUUGAGCGGAUGUGAUUUCAGGGAAAAAUCAUCCCAUGAAAAGUUGCAUGAUGCACUGCAAGGUAGAAAAGUUGAUGUUGUUUUGAGUGAUAUGGCUCCAAACGCAACUGGCAUAAAAACAAUGGAUCAUGAUGCUAUUGUUUCAUUAGCUUAUGAGUUUAUAAGGUUAGAAUUUUUUUAAAUUUUGGAAUAAGCUAAUAAAUAAAAUAAGUCAGAUGCACUGAAUGUGAAGUAGAAGGUCACGAUUUUCCUCUGCAUUUUAUGUUUGGAUUUAUUUGGUUUAUCUUGUUUUACUUAA